AUGUCACACUACCCAGGCCAAGGAUAUCAUGGCGAUGGAGGCGGAGGCGGCGGCUAUGGAUAUGGUCCUCCCUCCGGGCCUCCCCCUCCCCAACAACAGUACGGAGGCCAACAACAAUAUGGUGGUCAACAGCAAUAUGGUGGCCAGCAGCAAUACGGUGGCCAGCAGCACCACGGUGGCUAUUCCGGAAGCCAGUCUGGAGGUCAGAGAUACCCUCCUCCGCAACACCCUCCCCCUCCAGGCCUCGACGCUUACGGCUAUCCUCUCCCACAAGGCCAGCACAAUUAUGCCCAGCACGCUCGAGCCGGCCCACCUCCUCCCUCUGUGCCCCAGCAGUUCGGUCACGGUGCCCCCGAAGGUUAUACUUUCCAAUACUCCAACUGUACCGGUCGACGCAAGGCUCUUCUCAUUGGUAUCAACUACUUCAACCAGAAAGGCGAACUUCGCGGCUGCGUCAACGAUGUCCACAACGUGUCGGCGUUCCUUGUUGAGCGCUAUGGUUACAAGAGAGAGGAUAUGGUCAUCUUGACCGACGAUCAAUCCAACCCUGUUAUGAGACCUACCAGGGAAAACAUCAUUCGCGCCAUGGGCUGGCUUGUGUCAAAUGCACAGCCCAACGAUGCUCUGUUCCUCCACUACUCUGGCCACGGUGGCCAGGUUGAAGACGUGGAUGGCGACGAAGAUGAUGGCUACGAUGAGUGCAUCUACCCCGUUGAUCACACUGAAGCCGGUCCCAUUGUCGAUGACGAGAUUCACUACCGUGUCGUGAAACCCUUGGGACAAGGUGUCCGUCUCACUGCUAUCUUCGACUCGUGCCAUUCUGCUACAGUCAUGGAUCUUCCAUACGUCUACUCAACCAAGGGUGUUUUGAAAGAACCCAACCUCGCCAGGGAAGCUGCAUCUGGUAUCUUCGACGCUUUCAAGGCAUACUCUAGUGGAGAUAUGGCUGGCGCCGCGGGUUCCAUCUUCAGCUUUGCUAAGACAGCUUUUAGAGGUGACGAUGCGUAUGUGAAGACCAAGGAGACACGAACAUCGCCCGCCGAUGUUAUUAUGUGGUCAGGAAGUAAAGAUGACCAGACAUCAGCCGAUGCCACCAUCAACGCGCAGGCUACCGGCGCCAUGUCGUGGGCUUUCAUCUCAGCAAUUAAGGCAAAUCCUAAGCAGAGCUAUGUCGAAUUGCUCAACAGCGUCCGCGAUAUUCUUGAGACAAAGUACACUCAGAAGCCACAACUCUCUAGCAGUCAUCCUAUCGAUACUGACCUCCUGUUUAUCAUGUAA